AUGGCAGAUACAGCAGUAGCUUCCGAAACUCCCGCUCCGGCGACUCCGGCGAAAAAACCGAAGGCCGCCGCUACUGCAGCAGGUGGUGCAAAGAAGCCCAAGGCGAAACCCACUCAUCCGAAGACUUCCGAAAUGGUCACCAGCGCAAUUAAAGAGCUGAAAGAGCGCAGUGGAUCAUCUUUGCAAGCGAUAAAAAAAUAUAUUGCCGCUCAAUAUAAAGUCGACGCUGAAAAACUAGCUCCGUUCAUCAGAAAGUACCUGAAGAGCGCAGUCGAAUCGGGUGCGCUUAUACAGACAAAGGGCAAGGGGGCUUCCGGUUCCUUUAAGCUUGAAUCAAAAUCGUCCGCCUCUAAGAAACCGUCGACGGGUAAGAGCAGCGGUGGCGCAAAGAGCGGCGUGUCCGCCGCUAGCUCACCCACCCCCCCGCGUUAG